AUGUUGUCCCACCUUAUCUCCGCCCCCUGCUCUUUCCGUUUUCCUCCCCGCGCCUCCCCAUUCGCCACAUUCACCUCAUUCCUCCCACUCAUCCCACUCUUCUUAUCGCGAUUCUCCUACGCCGCCUGUUCCGCGCAUCCACCAUCGCGUGUGCAGCGAGACGCCUUGGAGUCGUCUGGUGCGGUGCGGCCAGUGCGCUUCUACCUCUCGCCUUCUCGAAACGAGCUGCACUGCACGUGGAGCUUCAGCCAGGUGAUGGUGGGGCAUCCGCAGGUCGUGCAUGGCGGCGCCACUGCCUUCGCCUUUGACGAGACCUUUGGCGUGCUCUUCGCCAUGCUGGGCGUGGGCCAUGGCUUCACUGCCAACAUCAGCGUCAACUACCGCAAGCCUCUGCCAGCAGCGUUCAGUGCAUGCAUGCACGUGGCUCUAGACCGAGUGGAGGGAAGAAAGUAUUUCCUGUGUGGCUCCAUUCGCAGCGACCCGAGGCUAGUGAAGGUGUUCAACGGCUUGUCCACCAGCCGUGACAGCCUCACCUACUGGGGUCUGCAGGGCGUCGUGACGUCCGCCACGUGGAUUGCGUUCAGCGAGCAGUGGAUUCAGCGCAUCCAGCCAUGGUCCCUCACUGCGUGGACUGUCUUCAUCAGCCAUGAUGAGCGCGCUGCGUUUGAGAGAAUGUUCAACUGCACGAUCAAGACGGUGCUGGGAACCCGGGCCCCGCCCGCUCCGUACUAUCUCAUCACGGCCUUCCGCUUCCCAGCGCCCUACAUUUGGCCCGCGUGCACGGACCUCUAUCUGGCUCAUCCUGACAUCGUAGACAGCUUGCUAAUUUCAGGCGACCGCACCUCGGUGCCCCCCCUCAUGUUCCCCAAUCUGCACAUCGGGCUAGUGUACGCCAUCGCCAUGUUCCGCGCGCCGCUCCCACCACACCGCUCCCUUGAACAAGGCCUGGCAAGCAUAGCUGGCGCUAUAGCCGGGGCCAUCGACACAGACGCCCUCAUCUCGCACACCCUCAUGGACGUGCUCAACCAGAUGGCGAACAAGUUCUCGUUUGACCUGUACGACAUGUCGGAUCCAACGACACCGGUGCUCAUGUUUGGCACCAACCUCAACAAGCAAGACACUAGCAUGCUGAUCAAUUGGGUGCUUCCCACACCAAUCCAGCCAGGCUUCAAGGUUGUCCAGCCCUUUCCCGAGCCCUUCUUCUCGCGAGAUUUCGAAGCCCAUUGCAGGUUCCUGGACAGUGGCAGCGCGUGGCGGCUGGUGUGGGCGCCGGUGCUGGUGGCGGUGCUGGUGGCGGUGGUGGCGGUGCUGCUGACGCUGAUCCUGGUGUUCCUGGCGCGCAAGCAGGCGGCCAUCAGCCGCGCCGUGAGGGAGGUGGAGCUCUGCACCGCCGUGCUCGAGCGCGCCCAGCGCUCCAAGAGCGAGACCGUGGCCAACCUCUCGCACGAGCUGCGCACUCCCAUCGUGGGCAUGCUAGGUUGGUGCACUCCCAUCGUGGGCAUGCUAGGUUGGUGCACUCCCAUCGUGGGCAUGCUAGGUUGGUGCACUCCCAUCGUGGGCAUGCUAGGCAUGAUGGAGGCGCUACUGGAGAGCGAGCUGGAGGGCGGGCAGCACCGGGACCUGGCAACAGCCAAGGAGUGUGCAGCAGCCAUCGUGGGGCAACUCAACUCCGUGCUCGACCUCGCCAAGCUGCACGCCGGCCGCCUCUCCCUCGAGACUCUCCCGCUCUCCCUGCGCCACUGCGUCGACAUGGUCGCCCGUGACCUGCUGGCGGAGGCCUGCAAGAGGGGCGUCCACUUGGUGUGUCAGGUGGACUGCAAUGUGCCCGAGGUGCUGCUGGGGGAUCCACUGCGCCUCGCUCAAGUCGUCAGGGAGCUCAUCAGCCAUGCCAUCCGCACCACCGUAUCGGGCCACGUGGCCUUCAGGCCUCUCACUGCUCCUCUCACUGCUCCUCUCACUGUGACUCUCACCACACCUCUCACCACACCUCUCACCACACCUCUCACCACACCUGCGUCUGCUGAUGUUGUCGCGGCAGCAUGUGCUGCUGAACCAUUGGAUUCAGCUGCGGCAUCGGGGUCAGCAAGUGGGGAAGCGGGUGCGCAGUGCCGGGAGUGGCUUGCCUCGUGGCUGGAUGAGGCAUAUCACCAAUGCAGUGGGGGCAGUGGCACCAUUCCACCAGCCACAGCGACAGCAGCCGGUGCUGCAGGAUCAAAGGAAGAAAGAGAUGGGGAGGGAGGUGGGGCAGGGGUAGACGACAGCGAAGCUGGGGGAGGGGGAGGCGGGGGGAAGGCGGAGAGGGAGGUGGGGCAAAUGCGAGCGCUGCUGCGAGAACUGGAGGGGUGUGUGAGUCGCUUCUGCGAUGGCUCUGUCGUGUGUGCGGCCGUCGACACUGCUGCUGCCGCUGAUGCUGGCGCUGAUGCUGGCGCUGAGGAGGAGUGUGGGAACGAGCGGAAUGGAGGGGCGGAACAGAUUGAAGGAGAGGAGGGGUCAGCAGUGCCGUCCGCAUGGUGGGUUUGGAGGCAGUCGGAGUUUUGGGGGCGUGUGAAGAACCGACUGCUUGGGUCGAGGGGGGCUGAGUCCCGGUCGCAAAGCCCUGGUGGUGAUGCUGGUGUAGCUGCUGCCUCUGCUCCCUCUGCUGCCUCUCUUCCAUCUCGUCCCUCUGCCCCAUCGCCUCCCUCUGCUUCCUCUGCAUGCGCUCAUCCUCUUUCCCAUGAACGCAAUCAAGGGGAGGCAUGCGGAGAGGAAGGGGAGAGCAAGCAGGGAGGGGAGGGAGGAGAGGGAGGGGCGGGCAGAGGGGGAGUGGUGGUGGUGAUGGUGUGUGAGGACACGGGUGGUGGUAUACCACCGGAGGAGCUGCAGUGGGUGCUGGACCCGGAGGGGCAGGCAGCAGUGGAAGGCAAGGGGCGUGUGCUGCUGCAGCGAGGGGGCUCCAUUAAAGAUCACAAGCAGGCUCCACUUUCUUCGCCCAUGUCUCCCCUGCAUGGCUCCUUGGACAUCUGGCCUGGCUCGGCUGCACCUCCUUCUCAGUCCCCCUCUGCGCCUGCCUGGGAGCCCUACCCCGUUCGCUUCCUGCUCUCCACAGGCCUGGUGAAGCUAAUGAGGGGGACCAUGGGAAUAGCAACGCAGCACCACGUGGGUACCUCCAUCCUCGUCAGCCUUCCAAUGGCCGACUGCCACCUGUCAGAAGCUGAUGAUGUUGCUUCUGGUGGAGGUGGUGGUGUGGUGGCGAGCGGAGGUGCGAGUGUGGAGGUGCAGGAGUGGGUGGAUCAUCGCAAGGCCAUCUGCUCGCUUGUGGCGGGCAAGACAGCGCUGCUGCUCGAUGCCAUGCCGCUCAGAGCACAGGCAACGGAGGCGUGUCUGCGCUACCUGGGAAUGGACGUCACUCUGGCAGCCUCGCCCGCACAGGCCAUGCGCCUCAUGCACCACCCACCCACCAGUGGCGGCAGCAGCACCACCAGCAGCAGCAACAGCGGCGGCACCAGUAGCAGCAGCGGCAGCGGCGGUGGUGGAGGAGGAGGGUGGGACGUGGUGCUUGUAGAGGUGGACGUUGCUGGCCCGCGCACAGGCCUCCACGUGGGCGAAAAGAUUCUGCGCCACGCGGCUGAUGCAGCUGCUGCUGCUUCUGCUGCUGCUUCUGCUGCUGCUUCCGAUGCUGCCACGAGCUCCCAGGGUCGGCAGAGUGGGGGCAAGGCAGGGCGGGCAGCCGGGCGGACAGAGGUGGUGCUGACGGGGGCGAGGGCAGACAGUGUGGAGAGCGAGCAGGCGGAGAGGAUGGGGUUUGCGGCUGUGCUGCCCCACCCAUGGCUCGUCACUCACACCGCUCACUGCCUGCAGCAUCUCUUCUUCAGCGCUGCAGAGCGGCCGACUGCCAUUCCGGAAGGCAGCACCCAAAGUGCCACUCCAACCACACCCAUCGCGACGCCUUCCUCCGCCAUUCCCGCUGCCUCUGCCGCUCCCGCCAGUCGCCCCCCCAGACCCCCACUCCCCAGCGCCACAGCCGUGUUGUCUGCAGCUGCCUCCUCUGCUGCCCGCGUGCCUCGGCCCAGCAGCACCGGCCUUCUGCGCUCCGCCACCGUACCGGCCGCGUUGCUCAGUCCGUUGGCGGUGCCGCGCUUGGCGCCGGAGGAGGAGCUGAGGGCGCUGGUGGGGCAGCAGGCGGUGGUGGUGGUGGAUGACAACGCUGUCAACCGCGCCGUCGCCAGACGCACGCUGCUCGCACUCGGGGCCCUCGUGCACUUGGCACCGGGGGGCGCACAGGCGCUCGACUGGCUGCGCGAUAAAAUUACUGCUGCCACCUGCGGCGGGAAGGGGGGGCUGGGGCAGCAGCAGCAGCAGCAGCAGUGGCAGGCGGAGGGGCAAGAGGCAGAGUGCGCUGUGCCGCUUGUGCUGCUGGACCUUCAAAUGCCCGACAUGGACGGCUACGAGACGGCGCGGCGCAUCCGAGCCAUGGAGGCGGAAGCGGCUGCAAGUGACGCCCCGGCGGGUGAAGCUCAAGCGGGUGGCAGCAGGGGGGAGCGGCGGCGGUGGUGUGUGGUGGCGCUGACAGCGGAUGUGGACGGCGAUGUGCGGCGGGCGUGUGCUCAGGCCGGCAUGGAUGGCGUCGUCGCCAAACCCAUUGUGCCGCGCGACCUCCUCGCUGCUCUCAAGAAUGCGGGCUACCGCACACCCUCUAGCAGCCCCCUUCUAGUGCCCCGUCGCGGCCCCCACCUGCGCCCUACCGUCGCACCCCGCAGCGCCCCACUGCCGCGCCCCACCAUCACGCCCAGCCGUCGCGCCCCGCCGUGCCCUGCUGCCGCGUGCCCCUGCGCCUUGCGGCGCCCUGCUGAGCGCCCUGUCACGCACUCCUUCGCCAUGCCGCGCCCUGACGUGCCCUGCUGCCACGCACCAGUGCGCCCCGCCACAUCUACUGUGCUUGACACGCCCGCACCUGCCGAACCUGCUGCGACUGCCAUGCCCGCGCAUGCUGCUGCGCGCAUGCUUGUCGCCGUUCGCGCCAGAUGCGCACGCGCCGCCUCCGCCCGCGCCUGUCGUGUUUGUCGCCCGACGCGCCCGCACCUGCGCCUGCGCCUGUUACCACGCCUGCCGUCGCAGCGCCCGCACCUGCUACGUCUGCGCCGCCGUCUUUUGCGCCGCGGCCUGCCGCCCCCACGCACGCGCCUGUGCCCGUGCAUGCGCCUUCCACACCUGUCGCCAUGCCUGUUGCAGCCGCGCCUGCUACUACUCGACGUCCCUGAGCCUGUUGCGGCCUGCCCCGGCUUUCUCCUCCUCCGCUUGUGGCUGUCCCCUCUCAUCUGA